AUGAACCAGACUUCAAAGACCAACUCUGUACACACGCUGCAGCCAGCCAUGAUAUCCGAAAUGUCCCAGGCGAUGAAGUGGGCGAACAACUACGACAAGAACAACAUUCGCAAUGCCUACUUGGAGAACUCGCGUGCCGGAAAGGGACAGCCGGCCAGCAGCUUCGAUCUAGGCUCGAGGUCGUCCACCGACCAGAACAAGCCGGAUGUUCCCCCAAAGCACGAGAGCAGUACCUCCGGGCGAGAUAUACCCUCUAUUCGCGAACGACUGCCCAAGUCUCCUACUAGCACUGCUCCCGGAUCAGGCCCUGCCACUCCAAGGGCAGCGUCCCCUGCCCCUGGCCUGGUAGAGAGUAUCAACUUUGACAAGCCUACUCCUCCACCUCCUCAUGUGCCGGCUAUUGUCCCUGUUACCACUACAACUAUUACAGCCUCCCCCAGCCCUGCUCCAGCCACCGUCCCACACCCCGUGAAGGAAGAAACUACCGAAACUUCCGUGGCAGACGACAGGAAGCUCAAGAAGAAACCAGGCAACACCGGUCUCAAGGGAAUGUUCGGCGGUCCCAAGGCCGACCAGGCUGAAAAAGAGUCUGCCGUUGCUGCUGCCCGUGCCGCUCUCGAAGGGCGCACCGCUCAGGCUCAGGCUCAACCCGCCUCUUCCUCCGCGAGAUCAUCGCCAACCCCUUCAUCAAGGCUCCCAGGCACACGCCGUCUAUCUGGAUUCGGCAUGAAGAGAUCCCAGGAUGAGACAAAGCCCGCCGUCAUCGAACGCAAGCCCGCUCCGCCCGCUAAGGAGGAGCGCAAGCCCACUCCUCCGGUCCCAGCGAAGGAAGCCCGCGUUUCACCACCUCCACCAGAGGUCCAGAACAGCCAAGUCCGCGACCUAGAGCCUGUUUCCCCCAUUUCCCCAGAAACUUCCAAGCCGGAAGCAAGUGCAUUGUCGUCUUUCUCCCAUCAGAGCCCGGUUGUUGACCAACCUGCCUGCGUCCCUGUUGAGACGACAACUCCUCCAGCUGUGGAGACCAAGGAGGUUUCCCCUGUCCCAUCAUCAGCACCGUCGUCAGUACCGUCACCAGCUCCCGUCCAGGCGACUCAACCCAGCGAGUCCAAGACUUUCACCGUCGAGGCUGAAAAGGAGGUCCCCGCCGCUGCCGAGCCAGAAGUCCCCGCCCUCGACCGAUGGGCUCAGAUCCGCAAGAAUGCCGCGCAGCGUGCUGCCGUACCCGAUGCGCCCUCCGCAGGCCCCACUGCUACAUCUUCUCCAGCCGCUACUACACCCGCAAAACAGUCUACCACCCAGCAAGAAAGUAAGCCAGCGCCUAUGCAACAAUCACCUAUGAGCCAUGCUAAUCAUAAUCCAGCCAUCGAAAUGCGAGCUGCACGUAUCAAGGCUCGUGUAGCCGAACUCACCAAGAACAUGGAGUCUUCCCGCGCCAGCUAA